ACCAUGUAGAUUUGAAUCCUGUCCCAAGCAAUGCCGCCUGACGCCCGUUUUCACAACACAGACCCCUGAGCCAUCGCCGUGCAGGGGGAGCAGCACCAGAGCUGGGGGGGGAAGGAGACGCUGGGGCCGGGCAAACUCACCGCAGGAGAGUGGGGUACGGCCGACAGGGUGAGGAGAGACCUCUCAAGGUGCUUCUGACUCAACGGAAAACCCAGGAAGAUACCUGCCAUCCUUAUCAAGAUGUAACUAGCCCAGACACUGCUGCAUCACAUCAUUUUUUCAGCCUGUAUCACCGAUGACUCACCCUCCAUUUACAGCAGUCAGGGACUAUUUCACUCUACCUUUCCUCCCGGCCACAGGCCACCCCACAACCUGUGCAACCCACCAAGCUUCAGAUCAGCUCUUCCAGUGCUGUGGAUGCUUUCAAGACUGUGCCACUCCUUCUCCUAGGCACUCCCUGUACGUGCUGCUGCAAACCACCAAGAAAGGCAGGAUUGAAAGCAGGCAGCCCAGCAUCUCCGUUAGCUUUGAUGUUUGGGACAUAUGAAUUAGCAAAGCCUCUCUUCAAGGCGAUCUCCUCGCAGGGCCACUGCUGAUCAUUGAGGUAUUUAUAUGGCCGGUUGGUGUUUUUUUCCUCUCCUGCACUUCCGCGGGUUACUUUCCCAAAGAUAAUUAUAUGACUCAGGAAGACAAACGCAUACCUUGCAUACUUGUGGGAACCAUAAUGCCGAUAGUUGGUGUAGAGCAUUUUGAAGCUCUUUGAACACACAAGAGCAGCUGAAUUCCCGUGACUUACCUACCCAAACUGAAGCAAGUCCAGGCAAUGGCUGCAUAGUUUUUGUUGAGCCCUUACCCAACAGAGAACAAGCGUCUCCCCAAGAAAGCUUUGGUCUUGCAGCACCGGGACACGGACACUUUUUCUCGCCAGAGAAAUCACGGGUAUUUUGUCAGAGAGAGCAGCAGAAGGCAUUGAAAGCAGAUCUUUGAUGCUGCAGAUCAGAGAUGGACCCUGGUGAAAACUGGAACCUGGAUGAAACCAACUGGUUGUCUCAUGGUGGGAUCCAUCCCUUUGCCAGUGUGAAAGGAGACAAUGAGCUCUCCGAAGGUGCCCCAGCCCUGUUUGCUCUGGAUCAGCUGGGCUCCACAUCUGUUUGUUAUAAGCCUACUAGCCCAGUCCAGGUACUGGAAGACACUGGCUUUCUUUACCAGGAUCACCAGUUGUUUGCUGGCAGGCAUGAAGUUUCUCUGCUAACAGCUGAAGCCGUCAGUGCCAAAGAAAAAGCUGCCGAGGAGGCCCUCUGCACCCUGCGCCCACCCAGCUUCCGCCGGGUCCCAGAGGCGGAGAUGCGAGGGACGGAGGAGGUGGCAGCCGGCACCGUCCUGCAGCGCCUGAUCCAGGAGCGGCUGAGGUAUGGCAACCCCAGCGAAAACAUGAACCUGCUGGCCAUACAGCACCAGGCGACGGGCAGCGCCGGCCCCUCCAACAGCACUGCCAGCACUCUCUCUUCCGCAGAAAACCUCGUGCCCGAAGAGCCGCCAAUGGUCCAGCCGUCGGGGCGGCAGGAACCUCAGGGGCAGGAGCACCAGGGGGACGGUGCUGCGAUGGAGAAGCAGCCCCGGGCCCCGCAGCCCCCACACAGCACCGAGGAGCUCCCCACCUACGAGGAGGCCAAGGCCCAGUCUCAGUUUUUCCGAGGCCAGCCACAGCCGACAGCCACUACUGCCGCGCCGGGUUUUUAUGGCGCAUCCGGCCAGAAGUCCAGGACGGAGGGGAGGCCGACGGUGAAUCGGGCCAACAGCGGGCAGGCGCAUAAGGACGAGGCACUGAAGGAGCUGAAGCAGGGCCACGUCCGCUCGCUGAGCGAGAGGAUCAUGCAGCUCUCGCUGGAGAGGAACGGGGCCAAGCAGCAGCCCCCGGCCCCAGUGGGCGGAAAGGGCUUCAAGGCAGCCACGCAGCCCAGCAAGGCCACGGACCCGCGGGGCCCGCCACCUGAGUACCCCUACAAAGGCAAGACAGCAGCUCCCGGCAGCAAGGUGCAGGAGCACGGGCUCUUCUACGGCGAGCAGCCAGCACAGGAUGUCCUCAAGGCCUCCUACGCUGCCCCCCCGCCCGCCCGGGCAGAGGUGGCCCUCGUCCGCUACCAGCCGCCCCCGGAGUACGGGGUCAGCAGCCGACAAUGCCAGCCGCCCUUCCCACCGCCGCCGGCCCAGCAGCACAGCCCCAUGUCCUCACAGGCCACCACUGCUGCUGCCGGCCCUCUCCUCCCAGGAGCCUUGCCACAGCUGCCAGCCCCCACCGCUGCCCAGCCACCGACGCCGACACCACCGGGCCAGCAGCUGACACCCGACGCCUUCGCCAUUGUGGAACGGGCACAGCAGAUGGUGGAGAUGCUGUCUGAGGAGAACCAUGUGCUGCGGCAGGAGCUGGAGGGGUACUAUGAGAAGGCAGACAAGCUGCAGAAGUUUGAAAUAGAGAUUCAGAGGAUUUCAGAAGCUUAUGAGGGCCUGGUCAAAACCACCACUAAGAGGGAGUCUCUGGACAAAGCGAUGAGAAACAAACUUGAAGGAGAAAUUAGGAGACUUCAUGACUUCAACAGGGAUCUCCGUGAACGACUGGAGACAGCCAAUAGGCAGCUAGCCAGCAGAGAGUUCGAUGGGCAUGAGGAUAAGUCAACAGAAGGCCUUUAUGUCACUCAGAACAAAGAGCACUUGAAGGAGAAGGAGAAGUUGGAGAUGGAGCUGGCAGCUGUGCGCUCUGCCAAUGAGGACCAGCGGAGGCACAUCGAAAUCCUUGACCAGGCCCUAAACAACGCGCAAGCCAAGGUCAUCAAACUGGAAGAGGAGCUGCGCAGGAAGCAGGCCUAUGUGGAGAAGGUGGAGAAGCUGCAGCAGGCACUGACGCAGCUGCAGGCAGCCUGCGAGAAGAGGGAGCAGAUGGAGCGGCGGCUGCGCACACGCCUGGAGCGGGAGCUGGACUCGCUGCGGAUGCAGCAGAGGCAGGGCAGCUACCAGGCAAGCAGCCUCCCGGAGCACAAUGCCCCAGCCCUGAUGGAGCUGGUGCGGGAGAAGGAGGAGAGGAUCCUGGCCCUGGAAGCUGACAUGACCAAAUGGGAGCAGAAGUACCUGGAGGAGAGUACCAUCAGGCACUUUGCCAUGAAUGCUGCGGCCACAGCUGCAACGGAGAGGGACGCCUCAGCCCCGAGCCACUCACGCAACGGCAGCUACAGUGAGAGCGCGCUGGAGGUGCGGGGCUGGCAGGAGGAGGAGGAGAUUGUGCAAGCCAACCGGCGCUGCCAAGACAUGGAAUACACAAUAAAGAAUCUCCAUGCAAAAAUAAUUGAGAAGGAUGCCAUGAUCAAGGUCCUUCAGCAACGGUCACGGAAGGACCCUGGGAAAGCCGACAGCGCCAGCCUGCGACCGGCUCGGUCCGUCCCCUCCAUCGCUGCUGCUACGGGUGUGCAUUCACGCCAGACCUCACUCACCAGUAACCAGAUAGCUGAAGAGAAGAAGGAAGAGAAGAUCUGGAAGGGAAGCAUAGGGCUGCUCUUGGGGAAGGAGCACCACGACCACCCAUCGGGCCCCUCGCUGCCUCCUCCACUGCCCUCUUUGUCCUGCAUGCCUGUCCUGGUGCCAGCAGCCUCCCACGCGAAAACGGGCAGCAAAGACAGCAGCACCCAGACGGACAAAAGCACUGAGCUCUUCUGGCCCGCUGCCGCCUCGUUCCCCGGCCGUGGACGACUGGGUACCACCCCGUCACACAGCCCGGCCCCACGGCCCCCAGGGACACGAGUGGCCAGCGAGAAACUGGAAAACUCAAGCCACGGGAAGCUGCCUGACAGCAAAGGCAGAGUGAGCAGCUUGCUCCACAAGCCCGAGUUUCCAGAUACGGACAUGAUGGAAGUCCUCAUCUGAGCAGAGGACGGCAUCUCUGGGGUUUUGCGUGCAUACAGCCAGGUCCAAGAUGGUCCUCCGUGUGCCAACCUUAAAAACUAACCCUGAGAGUUUGACGAAAGAUAGAGAAAGUUUUUGCCCAAAACGAAGCUUGAGUCUGAUAUGUUGAGACUUUGGACCAGGCAAGAAGUUUAGAGCGCUGAAGAGGAGCGAUGAAAUGAACGUCUGGGAUUUUCUGAGCAGAAAGGGGAGUUGAAAAUGGAAAGUGGCGUGAAAAGGGGAUCAUUGAGGGAAAAGAAAACUGCAUUUUCUGGUGUAAAGAGAAGGUGGCAAAGUUACAGACUGGGUGUGAACUGCUGCUCUGUUUUCCUGCCUCUCUGCAACCGGGACAGUGAGUGAAAUCCUGGCUCUUCUGAGGCCAGAGGGAGUUUCUGAAUAACCCAGGAGAAACUUGCAUCUUCCUCAGUAUCAAUUCACUUCUCAAAAGUAUUCACUGCUUAAUUUUGGUCCGUAGAUGUACAUGGCGGGUUCUUGUCGGUAUUUGUUUGAAGUGGUGUGGUGUGGUUUUCCUGGGCAGGCAGGUCAGGUGCCUCUUUCCUGGCUGGACAAGUGUUGCUCUUGGAGCUGGAUUUACAAUGCAAAUAUUCGUGUCUUGCAACCUCAGAGCUUGCUGAGACUUCUUUUUUUGGUAAGAGCAGUUGUUGGCUGGAAUUCCCAUGGAGGGUGAAAGUAGAGGUGGGGGAGGAGGACCCUGCUGAAGCAAUCCCUUUUGUAAGGAUGGGAAGCUUUCAGGAGGGGAAGUCCAGGAAGGAUCCCGGCAGCUCCCCAAAGGGCUGUGUGGUGCAGAAGCUCAUUCAGAGGGCGUUACGUGGGUGCAUUUCCAGUGGAGUUAAGCUGGGCUUGCAUGCUUUAAGUGUGCCACUCAUUCAUAGUAGUGGAAGAAUCAGUGUGUUUGUGGUAAGAACAGGAUUUUUCCUUAUUUUCAAUGCCUACAGCCAAUCCUACCAUCCUUGAGCAUACAGACCUGCCAUUCAAGCUGAUCUGACAUUAAGGGGUGUAGGAUCAGGCCGGGAAGGGUUUAACUGCAAAGCAAAGCAAAGCAUGAGCGUCAUCUGUUUUCUGUGCUGAGCUGCAGCUGCUUUUCACCUUGUUUUACCCAGGAUGGAACAUUUCCCAUUUUCAGCUUAGUCCCUGAAUUCUGUAGAGGUGGUGGCUGUCUGUAAGAAAGCCACCUCACCAGCUGUUUUACUCAUGGCAUACUAUUUGCUUCAUGCAUUGCACAUGCCGAUUGGGAAAUUUUUCUCUUUGAGGUAUUUUUGUAUUGGCUUUGGGAAAAAGGGUGAUGGGCUUUCAUGUGAAGCUGCCUAGCGUGAAAAACUGAUGGGUGCUGAUAGGUAUUGGAUCAGAGCCCUUGAUUGUGAAAACACCAGGCACUUUAAACUCUGCUUUCAACUGAAAACUGAAGUCCCUGCAACCUCAAAAAGCCUUCAGGGCCAGAGCCCUGUGCUAAAUACUGCCUGGCUGAUACUUUUUUUUUUUUUUAAAAUCGUUAUGUUAAAUCUAUGCACUUAUUUUUGCAUGUACAUAGAAUUAGACAUACGCUGGUGUCGCCCACUUUCUGAUUUUUGCACUUGUUAAACAAAGUAGUGGUAGGUAGGUUGUGCGGGCAAGUGAACUGUGUGUUUCGAGUAUUAGCAGCUUUGCAUUGUGAAACCAAAUGUGUAAAACCCUUGGAAGAUGUUGCGCAGCUUAAUAUAUGCUUUGUAAAAUAAUUUUAUUUUUUUCUCUAAAGUUAAUUUAAAGGUUGUAAUUGUUUGCAUAAAAGCCAGGCCCACGCGUGGCAGCAGCGCUGACCCACUUCUGUCGCCCUUCCUCGAGUGUCUGUGGUGGGAGCGGGGCAGGAGGAAGACCAAGGGAAUACAAGUAAAACAACAGUGAAUAUUUAAUUUCAUCACUUCUCUCCAAGAAAUAAGGUUACCCAGGUGCUUGGAAGUCCCUAAGCAUUUUAUUACCAGCUGUAUUAUUUCUUUCGAUGAAACUAUUUAAUAAUUUGUGUACAGGCAGACAGCCGGGCGUCUAGCAGAAAGUGUUGGAUCAGUGUGCGUGAUGUGGCUUGCAGUUACGUUUGGUAGUGGUGCAGCUCAGCUUCUCCAAGUCAGCUAGAGUACAGCACUCCUCCUUCUCCUCCUGGGGGAGACCACAGUCCCUCCAGUUUCUGGUAUCCCAAGGUGUGUUCAUAACCGAUGCUGCCCCGGGUUCAUGGUCACAUAUAGGAAACUGUUUGUUAGAGACUACGGUGUAGGCAACCUCUCGUUUGCUUUUGGAGUACCAGCUCAAAUAAACUCAAAGAUUUAUUCUCCUAAUUAUGUUGAAUUCAAGAGAUGUUAGUUUUCCUGGAGGGAAGUUCUGGAGGACCAGCGGGUCUCCCCCCAGCCCGAGAUCUAGCAGGACUUGCGUGGAGCACUACUGCCAUAAAUCAGCCCCUCUCAGUAGAGCGGUGCAACUCCAUUUGUGCUGGUUUUCCCAGCUCUUUGAACCAUUUUCUGUUUUGGGAAACUGUGCUGUAGCCAUUCCAGGUGACAUUGGUAACUAGUUGUAAAAUACUGUCAUUUUUUGUUGUCGUCGGUUGUAUAGAGAAGUUGGUGUACAGUGUUGUACAGCUGGAGGGUUAUUUGUACAUAGGGGGGGAAAUGAAGAACGUUACGUGUCACCCACAGCAAAUAUUGAUAUUGUUGGUCAGCCAAAGAUUUCUUAUUCUUUGCUGUUUAAACUUGUGCCUUAAUAUUGUAUAUAAUAA